UUUCCGACGUGCUCCCACGUGUGAGCCAAGAAAGAAGAGUCGGUGGAAGCUGCGACCGGAAAAAGACAGCUGCGGCGGAGAAGAACGAGGGCAGCCGGCAAAAUGUCUCAUCUACCGAUGAAGUUGCUGCGCAAGAAGAUAGAGAAGCGUAAUGAGAAGUUGCGUCAGAGGAACCAGCGGCUGAAGGAGAAAGAGGCCUUAAGGACCAAUAUACCAGAAGCCCAAGAUGAGCAUGUGUCAGAAGAAACAGUAGAAGAAAUAAAAGUGGAAAAAUCUCCAAAGAAAUCUACAGUAUUAGCAGCCAGUGAAGAAUCAACUGCACAGCUCCCCAAUUCUGAAUUAAAAAAGAAAAAGAAGAAGAAGAAGAGGAAAAUAACAGCUGAUGCAGGACCUGAAAACAAAAAAGCAAAAACUGAAGACAGAGAGGGAUCUGAUGAUGAUGGUGAGGAAGAUCCCAAAAUAAAAGAAAAUGCUAUAGAGGAUCAGAAAGAGGAUGCUGAAAUGCCCAGCCUUCCUCAUGGACUAACAGGUUCCUUUGAGGAUACUUCAUUCACUUCACUUACUAAUAUGGUCAACGAAAACACUCUGAAAGCAAUAGCAGAAAUGGGCUUUACUAACAUGACUGAGAUUCAGCAUAAAAGUAUCAGACCACUUCUAGAAGGCAGGGAUAUUCUAGCAGCUGCAAAAACAGGCAGUGGCAAAACCCUAGCAUUCCUCAUCCCUUCGAUAGAACUCAUUGUUAAGUUAAAGUUCAUGCCAAGGAAUGGAACAGGGGUCCUUAUUCUCUCACCUACUCGGGAACUGGCUAUGCAGACUUUUGGUGUGCUUAAGGAACUAAUGUCUCACCAUGUGCAUACCUAUGGUUUGAUCAUGGGAGGCAGUAACAGAUCUGCAGAGGCACAGAAACUUGCAAAUGGAAUCAACAUUAUUGUGGCAACACCUGGCCGACUUCUGGACCACAUGCAGAACACCCCAGGAUUUAUGUAUAAAAACCUGCAGUGUCUUGUUAUCGAUGAGGCUGACCGAAUUCUUGAGGUUGGGUUUGAGGAAGAAAUGAAGCAGAUCAUCAAACUACUGCCAAAGCGCAGACAAACUAUGCUCUUUUCUGCCACACAAACUCGUAAAGUAGAAGAUCUGGCAAAGAUUUCUCUUAAAAAGGAACCAUUGUAUGUUGGUGUUGAUGAUGAUAAAGAUACUGCAACAGUAGAUGGUCUCGAACAGGGAUAUGUUGUUUGUCCAUCUGAGAAAAGAUUCCUUCUACUCUUUACAUUCCUCAAGAAGAACCGAAAGAAGAAGCUGAUGGUAUUUUUUUCUUCAUGUAUGUCAGUGAAAUACCACUAUGAGCUUCUGAACUACAUUGAUUUACCUGUCAUGGCCAUUCAUGGCAAACAGAAGCAAAACAAGCGGACAACUACAUUCUUUCAGUUCUGCAAUGCAGAUUCAGGAAUUUUGCUGUGUACAGAUGUGGCUGCCAGAGGGCUAGAUAUUCCUGAAGUAGAUUGGAUUGUCCAGUAUGACCCUCCAGAUGAUCCAAAGGAAUAUAUUCAUCGUGUAGGUAGAACAGCCAGAGGCAUAAACGGAAGAGGCCAUGCUUUGCUUAUUUUACGACCAGAAGAGUUGGGUUUUCUUCGUUACCUGAAGCAGGCCAAGGUACCAUUAAGUGAGUUUGAAUUUUCCUGGUCAAAAAUUUCUGACAUUCAGUCUCAGUUGGAAAAACUGAUUGAGAAGAACUACUUCCUUCAUAAAUCAGCACAGGAGGCAUAUAAAUCCUACGUUCGAGCAUAUGAUUCCCAUUCUCUGAAGCAAAUCUACAGUGUUAACAGCUUAAAUUUACCUCAAGUUGCUUUAUCAUUUGGUUUUAAAGUACCUCCAUUUGUUGAUCUAAAUCUGAACAGCAGCCAGGGGAAGAGAUUGCAAAAAAGAGGUGGUGGUGGUGGUUUUGGCUACCAGAAGCCCAAGAAUGUCCACAAGUCCAAAAUCUUCAAGCACAUUAGCAAGAAAAAAUCUGAUGGCAGGCAGUUCUCUCACUGAGACAGUAACUUUUCUAAUCUUUGGUAACUUUGUCCUCAGAGAAAGACUUGUCUUCAUAGCAGUAACCAUGGAAUAUUUACAAUGUUCAGAAUUUGGAUUAAUAUCUGAUUUACCCCACUCAAGGUGCAGUGGCUUCAACCAGUUUUUCGUUCUUUUUUUUUUUCUUUUUUUGUAGGGCAAUGGGGGUUAAGUGACUUGCCCAGGGUCACACUGCUACUAAAUGUCAAGUGUCUGAGGCUGGAUUUGAACUCAAGUACUCCUGAAUCUAGGGCCGGUGCUUUAUCCACUGCGCCGCCUAGCUGCCCCCUCAACCAGUUUUUCUUAAUUAAAAAAAAAAAAAAAACCAGUCAGAUGAAGCUAAGUAUAUCUUGGCUUCUAAAAGGCAAAUUGCAUUUCCUUUUCAAUGGACAUAACACAUACUGGAUUUUAACUGUAAAUUAUAUUUUUUAAAAGAAUUUAUAUUUUCAAAUUGUGAACAAUUCCAUUUCUCUUAAGAGCAUCUUCUUGAUUUUAUAUCCAGUCAUUCUUUACCAUUGUCUUUUAAGAACUCUCUGGUUUGGAUUGCAAUAUUAAUGACCUCACAAUGUAAUCAGGAACAGGAGGGUCUUCUUGGCUAGCUGUAUAAAUAAAGGCCUCAGUCUGUUCUGCUGGUUUCUUGGAUAAUACAAAUUGUCUUUGAUCCAUUCUAAAUAUUGUCUGCAAAAUCAAAGGACCCAUAACUUUUGGGUUUGGGAUUUGUCAGCAAAGGACCAAGAUUCAAAUGCAGACUACUCCUCUAUAAUCUCUGUCCCUUAACCUCUCUUGGCCUUGGUUUCUUUAUCUGUAAAAUGAAGGGGUUGCACUAGAUCCCUUCUAGCCCAAAAUUUAUGAUCCUAUAGAAACUUGUUAAACCUCGAAUUUAAGAUUUUUUGCACUUACUACCAUAGUAAUAGAUUAUGUGAACAAGGUAUUUCAGUUUCUUCAUUUUUGACCUGAUUCAUUAGAAGCAUCUAUAAUAUAUCUAUUUCUUUCCAUUGCCAUCCAGAUCUAUGGUAUUUUGUGAAAAUAAAAUAUGCUCCACAAACAAAUCAUAAAGUUUAUUCCAAGGCUUAAACUUCUGGGGUGCUCUCUGAGCAGUUACUGCACAUCUCUAGAUAUGGAGACCUGCGCUCAAAUUGUACCUCAGAUUCUUAUGAACUCUGAGCAAGUCACAUAACAUUUCUGAACCUGUUUCCUCUGAGUGAGGAUGAAAUGAAGUAAAGUACCUGCCAACCUUAAGAGUCUAUAUAAAUGUCAGCUAUUAAUAUUGUUUCUGUUUAACAAAACCUUGUUUGUAAAAGCCUCCAGUGUUUGCAUCAGUCAGUCAAAUAUGUUAAUCACAGAUCUUUUGAAUUUUAGUAAUGUCAGUACAGGGACUCUAGGGUCCUUGAAAACAAGGUCCAAAAGAAUUGAAAACAAAAUAAAUGCUUAUCAUUUUAGAAAUAGCUAAAAUAAGUUGUGCUCAAUGGAUAUAACGAAUAUUAAAUGUACUGUAAGAAAUGAUGAAUAUAAAGACCUCAGAGAGGCAGAAGAAAUCUAAUGUGAACUGAUCCUAAUAAGCAGAACAAGGGAAGCAAAAUAUGACCACAACAUGGAAAAAAGGGGGAAAAUGUUGAAUGCUAUUAUAAUUAUAGUGACUUGCAGAGGUGGAAGGCUAGGGAGCAUAUAGUAAUAUUGCAGAGAUUUAUCAUGUUUUGUUUGUUUUGCUGAACUAUCUUUUUUUAAAAUUCUUUUUUUUACAGGGGAUAGCUCAAUGGUAGAGGUUGGAAGGGAGAGAUUUAGAAAUGCAGGGGACAUAAAAAAGAUUUCAAUAAAAGUUAUAUUUUUAAAACAAAAGGCAAGUUAUUCAUGCACUUAAAACCAUUGAACACUAAAUUCUGACUUACCUUUCACAGAUCCAUAAAGUUGAAAAGGAUUUGGGGGUGAGAAUGGAAGAAAUUAAUGUCAAGCAUAAAAAACUUAAUAGGAAAAGCAGAAAUCAGAAAUGAAUUCCGUUUAAUAGAGUUUUUUACUAAAUGGCUUUUUGCAUGUCUGACAAUGUGAUAUCUACACACAGCACCUUUCUUGAAAAGGAGGUAAACAGUCUUGCCCUGGCAUCAGUUAAUAUGUGAAUGGCCACAGGGCCUUGGCAUUGUACUGUUAACAUGAGAACACAAGAGAUGCAAGCUUUCCUCUUCAUAAUUCAGUAAUUCUAUGUAUCAUGGAUAUACAUGUUGGUGCUGUGUGUGGUAGGCAUCUGGCAGGGUAGUGAUGGGCACAUUAGAGUGAUAGCAAUAGGCCUUGGAAAUUAUCCUCUACCCCCUAGGUGUCUAUCUAGAUCCAAUGAGAGCAGUAGCAAAAAAUAAAAUUGGGUGGGGAGGAAUCCCUCACAAGAUUUCCAAGAAAGCAUAUAUGUAGCAUGAAAGAGUAGAAUAUUCUCUGUCCUGUGGUACCUCUUUUGGAGGCCAAAAGGGAUGAGCCAAGAAGUCAUCAUCUCCACCAGGUUAGAUACUGCCUUUAAAAAAGCAACCACCACCCCUCCAUGAGUCUAGGUUAUGCAGGGAACGUGAUACGGCAAGACUCAUUUUUAAUCAUGUAAGGGACUCUUACCCACCCCUGCCACAUCUCACCUUCCCCCAUACUUUAAAUAACAAGUUGUGCUUGGUCAUGGUCACACAGAAGCCCUGAGGAGUCAGAAACUGACAUUUCUAAGGUGAAAAAUGACAUGUACGUAGCUUUAAUAUUUGCAAAGCACUUAAGGGAACUUCUCUUGGUCUAUCAAGACCAGUCACUGGUCAAGAAACAUUAAGUCCCUACUAAAUGCUAUGCACUGAUGAUACAAAGAAAGACAAGAUAGACCCUGUUCUUGAGGAGCUUAUAUAAUAAGGGAGGGAACAUGACUAUGGGGUUUCAUAGAGAAGUCCAGUGGAGUGCAGAAAAGCAAUAGAUGACUGGCCUGGAUGCCCUCCUUAAAGGGAAGCUCUGGGAGAAGCUAAUCAUCCCCCAAUCAGAGAAGCAGAAGGUUCUCUGAAGAUGUGACUUCCAGCAGCGAAGUGAUCUUGCAGGACGAAGUGGUUCCUACAGCAUUAAUGAAGUCUCCACACUCCCCUCUCUGGAGUAGCCAGUGUUCUACAAAAUAAAGAACAAAUACUAAGGGGAUCUAUAGGACCUCUCUAAUAUUUUUCCAAGUAGACAGAUGAUUCACUUUACUGGGAAGGAAUUGGGCCCCAUUUGUACUAAUUAGCCCUGUGACACUGUGCAAACGAUUUCCCUUCUGUGGGUCUCAGUAAGAUGAGAGGAUAGACUUGGGUGAUUUCCAGGGUCCCUUGAGAACCAGCCCAAGGAGCCUAAGUUUCUACCAUUUUUCUAGAGCAACUAUAAUGACUUUCUGCUAUUCACUCUCUUCCCCACCAGAGGACCUUUCAAAUGAGGGAACUAGAGACAAAUAGAUGAUCAUCUUCUGAACUCAGAAGUACCAAUUAUGAAUUAGUGUCCAUCAGGAUCCAGUCAGCAAUCCUGUAGGAAGUGAGAAGGUGGGAGAGGUGGGCAAAGACUCAUUUCCACACCCACCCCUAUCCAAAGGAAAGCCUGAAUAAACAGAAAGGUCUGAAAACCAAAGGAGAUUUUCCCAGUUUUGACAAGAUAAGGAAUAUGGAUAUAUCCUAAACCUUGGUACCAUGCUAUCAUUCACAGGCUCACAUGUUUAGUCAAUCAGUCAUGUCCAACUCUUAGAGACCUACUGGCUGGUUUCUUGGCAAAGAUACUGGAGUGUUUUGCCAUUUCUCCAGUUCAUUUUACAGAUGAGGGAGCUGAGGCAAACAGGAUUAAGUGACUUGCCCAGGGUCCAGAGCUAGUAGUGUGUCAUUUGAAUUCAAGUGAUCCUGACUCCAGGGCUGACAUUCUAUGCACUGUGUCACCUAGCUGCCCACAGGCGGACAUAAAUAAGACAUUACACAACCAUCAGGGUUACUGAAGGAGCAGACCUGCUUUGGGGGGAAAAAGUGGGGGAGGAGUGGGUGCUGCUACUAACAUGACAAGGACACAAUGAUUGAUACUCUGAAUGUUUCUGCUACAAGAAAAUGACACUUGUAUGGAUCAUUUUGUUAUGCAACAACCCAACGGGAAGGUGAAUCAUCUCAGAUUAACUAACUGAUUGGUGCUUCCAGCUUUAGAUUUGGACAUUUGGAUAAGGGACAGGAAACUCAAUGUAACUACUUAAAGCUCCAAAGGUAUUGAAAGCAGCUAAGGUUCUUUACUGCUGUAAGCCAGAGGACCUCCAUUAGUUUGCUUGCUUCUUACCAGCCAAAGUCUUAGUGUUCCCUAUCCCUCAGUAGUUCAGAGAAUCAGAAUGUUCAAAUUGGAAGCCUCCGUAUCGAUCACUAGAUCAGAAAUCUGGAUCUGGAAAGGACUGGAGAUCCCAAGAUCAUAGAUUCAGAGUUGGAAGCUGCCAUACUCGGUUCCGGUGACCACCUUCAAACUCAAGUUGCCACAGUGGAAACCUGGGCUUCUGACUAUGAAGAAGCAGAGAAAAACCGUUGGACUAUUCUGUGAAAAUAUCUGCUGCCAUUCGUUGGCAUUAAGUACAGCCUCAUACUUUCAUUGUUGGACUCGGCACAAGUGCUGGAGUCUGCAUCUGCUGGGAAACUCAAAGACUUCGAUUCAUUUAAUAAACUUGUGGAAAAUCACACACUUUCAUUUACUCAUGGUCUCUACUAAUAGCCUUAAUUAGUCAAAGAAAUAAAAUUGAUCAAGUCUAAAAAUAUGCUCAACAAUAAAAAGGUUACCUUUAUUCAUGAA